UGUUAGGGAUAUUUAGAUUGUAUUUGUUAGGAUAUUCUUACUUUUCGCUUGCCUCCUCCUUUCUGGACCCUCUCCCCUUUUAGUAUGUAUGUGUUGAGGACCUUUCUUUAAUUGUGUAAUUGUUUUCUUUUGCAGGGAGUUUAAGAGUGAGUGUUUCUCAUUAAUUAUUGUAUUGUUGAGGUUCAGGUGUUAUUUCUAUCUGAAAGUUGUGUAUUAAAAUUAAGUAUAUUUUUGUAGUAUUUUCUUUGUCCCCUUGAAUUGACUUUGCACUCUUAUUGAAGUUGGAUACUAUUCCACCUUUUGUGGACUUAGUAUGGUAUUUUGGUGAAUACUAUUUCAUAAAAGUUUAGUGUUUUGUGUGGUGGUCAAGCUAGGCAUCACAAGUGGCGACCGUUUUGACAGGAUCUUUCGUUCCUAAGUAUUCACCUGUGUAUGUGCAAAGUUAAUUCUUGGGGUUAUUUUUCAGGCAGCAUAUUUUCACCUCCUCGUGGUUGUCUUGUGUAAAUUUAGUAUUCUGUGUGAAUAAUAGUGGUCAUUAUGGUUGUUAAUGUAUUAGAACUCCUUAGCGGAGAGGGGUGGCAAGAGAGGCUUGCAGAGUUGAAUAGGGAAGACUUGGAAAUUGUAGCGCAGCAUUUUGAAUUGGAAUAUGAAGUGUCCAUAAGAAAGGGUGUAUUGCUAUUGCAAAUUUAUGAAUAUGUUAAAACUGUAAAGGCAGGUGGGGAACAAGAAGUGAAACCUGAUAAAGGACUGUUGUCUGUAGAAAUUUUGGAUAGGCAAAUUGCUCUGAGGCAGAUGGAGUUUGAAAUAGAAAAGUUUAAGGCAGAGGAAAGAGAAAAAGAGAGGCAGCAUGAGAUUGCCAUGAGAGACACAGGUUCCUCAUCUUCCCCUCCCCCUUUCCCAAAUAGGUCAGUAACGCCUGCUAUUAAUUUAGCGCAGGCUCUCAAAUUUGUGCCUAAAUUUGAGGAAAAUAAUGUAGCAGAGUUUUUUGUAUCGUUUGAGAGGAUUGCAGCAAGGUUGGAGUGGCCCCAAGAGUAUUGGACCACUCUUAUACAAAGUAAAUUGGUUGGAAGAGCUCAGAGGGUGUAUGUAACUCUGGAGGAGGAUCUGUCAUCAGAUUAUGAGAGUGUGAAGGCUAUUGUCUUGAAGGCCUAUGAGUUAGUCCCUGAAGCCUAUAGGCAGCGCUUCAGGAACUUAGAAAAGAUUGUGUUGGUUACGUGGCGGCGAUCCUUCGUUAUCCGAGGGAUGGAGAUUUACGCUUGGAGGAGUUUGCCUCAGUGUGUUUCUGAGCCUCCAACCUUGAAGGGCACGAUUAUUGCUGUUGGAACUAUAUUUAUUCCUCGCCACAUUGCAGAGCUACGUUUUGAAGCUGUAUAGCUUUUUGGAUAUCCUUACUCUGCAGCAAGAACCUUUUAUUCUGCAUUUUGUGUACUGCCCUUGGUUCAGUAAAAGCCAAGGGGACCUCUCUGUCCCAAGGUAAUAAUAUUUAUACCUAUAAUUAUUUAUCGAGAUCACGACCUGUGAUCCUCUGCUGACGUCAUAAGUGGAGCUUGUGAAAGCCUUCCAACACCAUAGUUUCGGAUCAAUUUUCCCUGCCACCCAGAUUAAACCUCCAGACGUGGAGUUUAUUGUCCUUUAAGAGGAGACUUAUAAAGUCGUUUGAGGAACUUGUUAGGGAUAUUUAGAUUGUAUUUGUUAGGAUAUUCUUACUUUUCGCUUGCCUCCUCCUUUCUGGACCCUCUCCCCUUUUAGUAUGUAUGUGUUGAGGACCUUUCUUUAAUUGUGUAAUUGUUUUC